AAGAUUUUGCUAUCUGCCUUAGAUUCCGAGAUAUUUGUGGAAAACUGACCAACAGGCAAAAUCGACUUGAACCGGGAUUUUGGGCUCUUAUUAACGAUCGAUGCAUCACCUUGGAGUUUAACCAGCUUCUUGAUGAGACGUUUAGCUAGCAAAAGAUUGUAGUUGCAGUCGUAGUUCAAAGCUGCCCUCUCGUCGCUGUCCAUUUGAAUUCAAUUGAACUGGAAGUGAUACUCCACUUCACAAAUGGGAAUUUACGAGCUUCUGACACUCGGGGAAUCAAUUCGUGAUUGGGCUCAAUUCCUCCGGCUGUCAGUGAAAAAUAUUAUUCAAGGGAUUGAUUGGCUUGAGUGAAAUCACGUUCUUUCAUUUUUCAAUUCGCGGCGUGACAUGGUUUCGAUGCGACCGAGAAAUUUAUUGAAUUUUUUUACUUCAAUCUAGACAAAUGAUUUUCAUUUGGACGAAGUGAAAAUAACGGCUGACGUUGUAAAUUGACUGGUUGGAAUUUUGAUUGAAGUUAGCAACAAAAUCAUCACGCGAUUCGUCCGCGGUUAAUUGUUUUUUUAAUGGGAUUUUAGUGGAUUAAAUAGCCAGUAAAUUUUAUUUUAUUAAAAGCCAUUCUCCCCUUUCCUUCAUUAUGACUAGAAUGGGUACUGCUCUCCUGUGUGUUUUUAUUUCCAGGGAUAACGAGGCAUCGAGGGUGCGAAACGGGGGAUCAUCAAUUCCAGAGGGCAAUCGACUGGUAAGAAUGAGCGACUAUUUAAAAGUUCUUCAGUGAACGACAGUAUAAGUUCUACAGCCCCCGAGGGAUCGACUCGAGCCUUGGAUGAGCACGAGACGCCUAUUUCACACCUGUCUGGCUAUGCAAUUUCCAAUAGAAGGGGAACCUGCGUUUGUAUCCAUGGAGACCCUGCGUAUUUACGCAAUUCGAAUUGAACCAGAAAAUACACAGUGAUCGUUGAAUAAACAGGGCGUAAAUAAGAGACUGUCAUGUACCUCUAGUCAAAUGUAAUAAACGAACGCCUGAGUGAGGAGAGACAACAGUACUAUUUCUGUUGCAAUAAUUGUAAUAAAAUCCGAAUUAAUUGUAAUUGAAUGGAAGAAUGAGUCAGGCGGAGAGAAGGAGAUUUGUAAGAACAUUGGUUAAAUUAAAACAGCAAGAAGAGUUUCUUGAGAAGAGCAUUGAGACGUUUGUCACGGGAAUGAAGGUGGAGACUGAUCUAAUUCGGGAUUUAACGCAAACACGGAAUGAAUGCUCGAUUGAGGGGGGUGAAGUGGUGGACGCAAUCUAUCGUAUUGGGUCGGAUAUUUCUGAUGAUUUAGAGACUGUUAAGUCGAUGGUGGGCCAAGUGCAGAAUGGGAAGACCAUCGAUCCGGGAGAACUCAAAUCCAAACUAUUAUCUCUGUCAACGAAAAUUAAGGAAUUUGACCCAGCGUCGCAGCUGGAAAUUUUUGCAGCGGAGCAGAAGGAACUCGAACAGGCAAUACUCGAUUUUAGAGUAAAUAUUCAUGAAUACGAGAAGCCGAACAGCGGAUUGCUGGCUGCUGGUCCCAGGAAAACUACGCUAAAUAGGAAAGACUGUGGAGUUAUCGAUUACGAUGAGAUCGAGGAUUUUGAUUCACUCGUCUGUAAAACCGGCCACACGCAGCAUUGGAAUCAAGAAGAUCACCUAUUUUUCCUAAAAGUUCGAAAGAAAAAUCCGAAUAUUCCAGCGAUGAUUCACUCGAUCAGAAAAAAAUGUCCAGAUCUGACGGCCGAGGAGAUCAUAAACCACGAGGCGUGGUACAAAAUUUAUCUUAAUUUACGAGAGAGGCAGAAGACCACUGUCAAGGAAUGGAGGAGAAUGAAAGAUUUGGAAAAGCUGGGGAAAAUGAGGUCAUUAAAAAACGAGGACGAUGGUCUCGACGAUAAAUCAAGCAGAAGGAAAUCCCAAAAUAAAUCAGAAGGGGAUGUGAAUGAUUCCGUAAUUACAAGUGAUGAUAAAUCAACGAGAACACGAAAACCCCCUGAUCCUCACACUCAGCAGCCGGACGAAAAGAAAGAAUUGAUAAAAAAAUGGAAAACAGAAAAGGAAAACGCGAAACUGGCGAAUGAGGAGCGACUGAGAAAUCAGGCGGAAGGCACUCGCUCGUGGAAAGAGCAACAGUUUUUACUCCGAAAUAUCGAAAUUAAGGCGGCUCUCGACGAGUACAGGACUAAAAAAAUGCAGGAGAAAUCCAAGGGACAAAUUAAAAAUAGAAGUUGUACUGAAAUUGUGAGGACUCCGGCGUUGGUUAAAAGCUUCCGAGAACGAGACACGAGUUAUUUGAGAAAACGUAAAAAAAUUGUGAAUUCAAAACACGUGAAAAAGCCCAAUGUAGAGGUAAACACGAGCCCCGCGAGGUCUAGGAUUGGCUCGACAUUACUAAAGCCGACGAAAAUUUGGGAGGAAAGGUGUAGGCAAAAAUCAGCCCCCGAAGACGGUCCCAAGGCGGUUUUAUACAUAAAAAAUCUCCCCAGAUUGUCUAUCCACAACUGGAAAAAUCAGGAGACCAUAAUAUCCUUAUGAAUUCUCAAUCUUUUAUUAUUAUCCUCCAAGUAAUUUGAAUAUAAAUGCGUACUUCACAUUCAGUUUAUUCACUAAGGAGCAAUGA